UGCUUGUUCUUCUUAAUUAUUUGUUGAAAAAGAAAACACAUGUGCUUCCAAAGCUAAUACGAAAUUUAUUGAAGAAAAUUCAAUUAAACUUCAUUACAGUUGGAAAAAUCCAUUGAAAUUGUAAGAAAAGUAUGGCGGACCAUGUGUUUCAUAGGCCUGGGCCUUUAAAACAGGCCAAUAAAAGCCAUAAAACAGGCAGACAUAGAUCUAAAGGUGCCAUUGAUAAUGCCUUGAAGGGUAAGGUUUCUGGUACGGUUAUUUCCCACAAACACAAACAAAUACAACGCAGAGAGCAGAGACGCAAUCAAAUGAAUCAACUACGCAAAAACAAACGUGAAGAGGCUUUGGCUUUGAAACGCCAAUUGGGUGGCCAGAACACUGCCCCAUUUUUAGUUUGUAUUCUUCCCAUGCAUUUGCAAGUGGAUCCACGCUCUGCCCUGGCCAUUUUGGAAAGCUGUGAUGAAGAGGCUGUAGUAGAACGCACCCCCUCUGGAGUUACGUACAUCAAUGUGCCACGUUUCAAGCAAAGAUUUGCCUUUAUUAUACCACCCGUGGGUCGUGGCAAUGAGGUAGCUGUCUUGGAUUAUCUCAAAGUUUGUGAUACCACUUUAAUGUUGACCUCAGCGGCCAUGGGAGAGGAUGAUGUUUUCGAUAAGUGGGGUCAUCGUAUCUUUAAUAUGAUCUCUGCUCAAAGUAUACCUACACCCAUUGUAGCUUUAAUGGACUUGGAGUCAUUAAAUCCAAAACGACGUGGUGGGGCAAAAGCUGCAGCGCAAAAAUUCAUUUCGAAGUUAUUGCCAAAGGAGAAGAUUAUGCAAUUGGAUACGAAUCCUGAAGGUCUUAAUGUCAUGCGCCGCAUUGGUGGUCAAAAGAAAAAUAUCAUCUUGAAUCGCAACAAUCGUCCUCAUCUGUUUGGCGACCAUGUCGAAUUCAUACCAAACCCUAAUCCCUCAGAAGAUGAGGGCACCCUUAAAGUUACUGGUUUCCUGCGAGGCACACCCCUAGAUGUCAAUGGUUUAGUUCACAUCACCGGCUUGGGAGAUUUUCAAAUGUCUGAAAUUCAUGCUCCCCAAGAUCCUUAUAGACUGGAUAAAUCUCGAAAUAAUCAAAGCAUGCUGCCCGAUAUACGUUUAGUAGCAAAGGCAGAUCCUGCUCGCCAAACCUCUUUGCAAUCGGAAAAUGUACCAGAUCCCAUGGAUGCUGAGCAAACAUGGCCCACAGAAGAAGAAAUUGCAGAGUCUCAAAAGGAAACGAAAAAAAUGAAAUUGAUCAAACGUGUCCCCAAGGGUUAUAGUGCCUAUCAGGCAGCCUGGAUACCCGAUGUUGAAGAAGUGGAAGCUAAUGAGAAUGAAGACAAAAUGGAUGAUGAUGAUGCUAGUGAUAGUGGCAGCGAAGAGCAGGGAGAGGAAGAGGAUAAUGAUGAGGAAGACGAGUUCAUGUCCUGCGAAAAUAAAUCAUUUGAUGGUGAAUGUGAACGUCCAGAUUCCGAUACUGAAGAAUAUGUGGAUUCAGCUUCAGUAUCGGAUGCUGCCAUUAAUGACGAAAAAUAUGAUCAACAAAUGGAUUUCCAUGAGGAACGUGAAACCAUGAGGAAAAUCAAAGAAGCUCGUGUCGAUGAACUAUGGCCAGAUGAAAUCGAUACACCCUUGGAUAUACCAGCCCGCACAAGAUUCCAAAAGUUCAGGGGACUAGAAUCGUUCAGAACUUCUCCAUGGGAUCCCAAAGAAAAUCUACCCAGUGAUUAUGCGCGUAUCUACCAAUUCCAGAAUUUUGAUCGCACCAAAAGGCGUAUCAUUAAUGAAGCCAAAGAGGUUGAUGGUGCUGUGCCUGGUUGGUAUAUCUCCAUAUAUGUGGCCAAUGUUCCAGCCACAAAAUGGAAUGCCUACAAAUCGGCACAAGUCACAGAAUAUGUAGUGGUUUAUGGUCUUUUGCCUCAUGAGCAUCAAAUGUCUGUCAUGAAUGUGGUACUAAAGAGACUGCCCGACUCCGAAGUGCCCAUAAAAUCCAAGGAAAGAUUAAUCAUACAAUGUGGUUUCCGUAGAUUUGUGGUCAACCCCAUAUUCAGUCAACACACAAAUGGUGACAAGCAUAAGUUUGAGCGUUAUUUCAGACCACAUACUACAGUGUGUGCUACUUUUUAUGCCCCCAUACAAUUUCCCCCAGCUCCCAUACUGGCCUUUAAAACCAAUCCCGAUUCGACAUUGGCUUUGGUGGCCAGAGGUUGUCUACUCUCAUGCAAUCCGGAUCGUAUUAUUCUUAAGCGUGUUGUGCUCAGUGGUCAUCCGAUGCGUAUCAAUCGCAAAUCGGCCACCAUUCGCUAUAUGUUCUUCAACAAGGAAGAUGUUGAAUAUUUCAAACCGGUCAAACUACGCACCAAAUGUGGUCGUUUGGGACACAUCAAAGAAUCUUUGGGCACUCAUGGUCACAUGAAAUGUUACUUUGAUGGUCAGCUUAAAUCGUACGACACUGCUUUUAUGUAUUUAUUCAAACGUGUCUAUCCCAAAUGGACAUAUGAUGAUUGUCUGAUUACGUGUGAGGAUACGGAUAAGAAAAAUGAUCAGGCAGAAGCUAUGCAAGAAUAAGCAGUAGAAUGUUAUAGUGAAAUGUUUGCAAUACAUUAUUUUUAAAUGUAUGAAAAGUAAAAAAUAAUAAAAUUGAAUUUUUUUUUAAA